UGCGACGAUUUGCAUCUGCUGAACUUUCUCCUCCUGUACAACCUGCAGCAGCAGCAACAGCAGCAUCAACAGCAGCAACAGCUGCAGCUGCAGCAACAACAGCAGCAAGCGCUGUUCCAGCAUUCACGGCAGCAACAGCAGCAGCAGCAGCAGCAGGCACAGCAUCAACGUAUUCAGCAACUGAGUGAUCACAGCACUCGUUACCAGCAGCAACAGUCUGCUCAACCGAACCACCCACACCAUCGGCAUCAGCAACAGCAGCUGCUGCAUCAACACAGUGAUCCAUAUCCGCUGCUGCUGCAAGAAAUGAUGCACCGGCAUCAGCAGCAGCUGGAACAGCAACAGCAACAGCAGCAGCAACAACAGCAACAGCAGCAUUUGCAACAGCAGCAGCAACAGCAGCAUCUGCAACACCUCCAGCAACAUCAGCAGCAGCAGCAGCAGCAGCAGCAGCAGCAACAACCGCAUCAGUUACUACCGACAUCCGAGGACCAACCGCCGCCAGAGCAAGGACGCGCGAAGAAGAAACCUUUACCGCCAGGUAUCGGGAACCUGUUCGGCUUCACGUAGGGAAGGUGCUGAUGGGAGAUGCCUGAAAAUUGGUUCAAAUCCGGUUGUGCCUACCCAACCAUUAACCCCACACACACCCCCGACAACAACAAACCUUCGCUUACCUCGACAUUUACUACAAAGCAACAACAGCAACAACAGCAACAACACAUCAACAAAAAAGCACACACAUCAUACAAGCAAAAAAGCAAACCAGAUAUAAAGAAAAGAAAAAAAACCACGGCUGUGACAGGAUGAGAAAGAGCAGCAGACGCAAAGGGAACUCAGCGAAUUAAUCUUAUGUACAUUGUCUGUAUAGUUAAUCGGGCCCACCCCGCCCCGGAUAUAUGUGGGGUGUCGGAAGCGAGAGAUACUUUGAGGAGGGCGAGGCAAGGAAGCCCCCCCCCCCUCUCGCAAUUGCAUCAUCUCCGCCAAUGCAAAAAAAAAACACUACUGGAUAUACACACGAGCGCGAAA